AUGAGACAAUCCUGGACCUGGGGCUCGGGGCUCAUGCUCCUGGCUCUGUCGGGGGCGAGUAGGGCUGCCACCAUCCCCUCAACCCCGACUGCAUCCGCCGUAACCUCCACCGCGUCGACAUGCACCGUCUCCGCCAUUCCCGCCACAAGCGACUGUGUGGACGGAUACUACCUCUACGACGGAGACUACUACGAGGUGAUCUGCGGCGACAAUGUCCAGUCAUACUCGGGACUCUUGCCCACUGCCAAGAAAGACGAUGUUUGGGAGUGUAUCGAGUUCUGCGCCACGUACGCCAACUGUGUUGCGACCUACUGGUACCUCGGCGAUUGCUACUCGGCGUCCGGCUUCAUGGAUUACAGCUAUGUGCCCUAUGACUACACCGACCCGGAUAACAAUGAGAUCAACUACAUCGCCACGCGACUGGAUGCCAAUCCUUGCCCGACUGCGCUGGCAGUUGCUUCUUCGUCAGCUUCAUCGGUGGCCGUUUCGUCCCAGGUCGCUGCGUCUUCGCCUGUCUCUGUGCUUCAGCCUUCGUCUGUGCCGCCGAUUAGGAGCUCUGCUGUCCACCCUGCCCCGAGUUCCAGUCAGGUUUCUUUCACCAGACUCCCUCAGAGCAGCCCGGUCUCCGCCUCGAGAGUGGCCUCGGGCAGCGUCAUUGCUUCGUCGGGCGCCCCCAGACGCACCACGACUCUGUUCACUACUGAGACUGUUGUCAUUCGGUCGACAACUUGCCUGAACUCUGCCACGGGGACUGCUCUGUCUGUCGCUCAGGCUUCAUCUGUUGCUAGUGGCCCUGCUUUAUCGAUCGCUCAAACCUCGUCAGUUGCUACGAGAACUGCGUCUGCUGCUCAAACUACAGCCAUCGCCACUGGAACUGCCCUCCCAGCCACCCAAAGCAGCGCAGACACCCCCACCCCCCAGCUGACCACAUCCACCGUCUUCACCACCCAAGUGCACACCGUGACGGCCUGCCCUUCAUCAGUCACCGACUGCCCGGCCUCGGAGAAAACGACCUACUACACCACCGAAACCGUGGCAGCCUACACGACCAUCUGCCCUGUCCUCGCGGGAGAAACCGGUUCUAGUGUCACUUCUACCAGCACUGCCCCUGCCUCUGCCCUUCCCAGCCAGACCUACGACAGCCUCACCACAUCGACUGUCUUCACCACCCAGGUCCACACCGUCACUGCCUGUCCCUCAUGGGUGACUGACUGCCCGGCUUCGGAGAAGACCACCUACCUGACCACCGAGACAGUCGCCGCAUACACGACCAUCUGUCCGAUCACCGCUGAGGAGACCGGAGUCGCUGCCACCGCUACCGGACACGACAAACCCACGGCCACACCCAGUGAGCGACUGACAACAUCUACUGUCUACACCACCACGGUUCACCCCGUCACUGCCUGCCCGAAGUCCAAUCCGUAUUGUGGCGCCCUUCAGAAGACAACCUACUACACCACCGAGACUGUCGCCGCGUACACAACGAUCUGUCCCAUCACCGCAGAAGAGGCCACUGCCACUGCCACUGCCACUGCCGGCACCACCAAACCCACCGGACAACCCAGUGAAAGCCUUUCGACCUCCACCGUCUACACGACCCAAGUCCUCCCCGUGACGGCUUGUCCCGAGUCCAUCAAGAACUGCGCUGCGUCCCAAAAGACUACCCACCUCACUACCGAAACCGCCGUGGCAUCCGUCACCGUCGUGACUGUUACCUUCGGAGGGAACGGCCCUGCUGGUGCUACUGACAUCCCAGCAGUCAGUGCCGUAUCAGGUGGAAAGUCGGCGGGAGGUGUUGCGGGCGGUGCUUCCACCGGAGGCGAAGUGGUCUCCACCAUCACGACUGUCCUGUAUAGCACGGAGGUUCUGACCAUCACCAAGGGAACAAAGACCCAUGUCGCUACCGCUACUGUCCCGGUUACCACUACUCUGUAUGUUACCGGUAGUGGAGCCGCAGGAGCUGUGGAGACUUCGGUGUCUGGCGGAGCUGGAGUUGGUGGCAGUGCUGGGUCCAAGGGGCAGUCUGCCUCUUCGGCAGCCGGUGGUGCUUCUGCUGGUGUAUCUACUGGGGAGGAGGUUGGUUCUGGUUCCGGCUCUGAGGGUCAGGGGGCAUCGGGGAGCUCGGCUGGAUCGUCUUCUGGAUUGUCGUCCGGCUCUUCGUCUGGCUCUUCUGGCUCUUCUGGCUCGUCUGGCUCUUCUGGCUCCUCUGGCUCCUCUGGCUCCUCUGGCUCCUCUGGCUCCUCUGGCUCCUCUGGCUCCUCUGGCUCGUCUGGCUCUUCUGGCUCGUCUGGCUCUUCUGGCUCUUCUGGCUCCUCCUCCGGGUCAGGAAGCACCCAAACCAGCGGUUCCCAAGCUGGCUCCAGCGCCAGCCCCCAGGGCCAGACAGGAUCUGGAUCUUCAUCUGCAGCUGAGAGCUCUCAGAGCAGCACUUCCGUUGUGUCUAACGUCGGUAGUAGCAGCAACGCCCACGGCCAGACCGGAGAAAGCGCCUCUGCGUUCUCAUCCGGAGCCGGAAGCACGCAGACCAACGCUGUUGGAUCUGAUGUCGGUGUCAGUGCCACUCAAGGCCAGUCUGGAGAGGGAUCCUCCGGAUUCACCUCCGGCACUGGCAGCACCCAGUCCAGUGGGUCCAGUGGAUCUAGCCAGUCUGGCAGUCAGAGCUCUCAAGGACAAUCUGCAGCUCAAGGCCAUUCCGGAGAAGGAUUAUCCAGUUCGAGCUCCAGCUCCAACACCGGCACUGGCAACACCUCCCCUCAAGCCCCAAGCCACCACAUGGGUUCAGACUCAGGCUCAGGCUCAGGCUCAGGAUACAACGCCUCCAGCAUCUUCAAGCCCUCCGCCUCAGCAGCCGCAUCCUCCACCUCCGUUGCUUCUCACCCUACCGCCGGAGUCGGAGCCGUUGGCACUUCCACCUCUAGCCCGGCAUCCGGCGUCUCUGCCAGUUCGGCGCUGUACACCGGUGCUGCGGCCAGUGCCGGCGGGUGGAAUGGCCUCCCUUUUAUUCUCGUGGCCGUGAUCGGCUGCCUCGUUCUUUGA